AUGUUUGGUGCGCUGGUGCGUGUGCGGAACUAUGUCUUCUUCGAGCGGAAUCCGCUCGUGCAGAUUAUCUACUUUGUCGCCAUGAGCUCGUGCUAUUACCUGUACAUGCGAGAAGCUCAUCCACUGCUGCCCAACGAAUACGUCGGGUGGUACCACAAGUGGCUGGCAACGCUCCUGUUCGUGGUGACGAUCGUACUGUACCUGAUCAUGUGCUUGAGUGACCCGGGCGUGAUCCGACGCGACAACAUCCACGAAUUCGAGCAGUAUGUGAACCACCCCGUGCUGUACCCGGAGGGGAAAUACUGUCGUACUUGCAAGACAUUGAAGCUUCCGCGGUCCAAGCAUUGCCGGCUGUGCAACCACUGCGUCGGAAGAUUCGACCAUCAUUGCAUCUGGUUCAACGGCUGCGUUGGAGAGAAAAACUACAAGUUUUUCCUGGCUUAUUUACUGGUCCAGCUCGCAGUUUGCCUUGAAGGCUUUUUUGUCUCCACCAGCGUAUUCUUCACGCAGGUACUUGCAACGCAGACGGAUGAUCUCUUUCAUGCUCGUGGUGUGACCAUGGAGCAGGUCGGCAGGACGGAGACUGCUAAAAUCAUGCAGUCGUUCAUUGCGGUACGUAACAACCAAGCACUGGGUUUCGUGACCGCCAUGUGUCUCCUGAUCGCCGUCAUCCUCUGGGUUUUCAUCUUGAUGCAGCUAAAACGCAUCCGUCAGAACGAAACAGCAAAUGAAUCGUUCAAGCGUGAAGAUUUGCGCGAAGAAGCAGAACUCGACGGUGAGACGUCAGGACGUCGGAUGUUCCGCUUCCUCUUCAAGCGCCUAAACUUCCGAAAGAGACCGAAAUUAGCAGUGCCACGUGGCGGGCAGAAAAAAGCGUUAGAUGCAACUUGGGGCGGACUUUUCUCUCCCGACUCCAUCAUGAACACAGAAGAGAGUUUCUCAGUGGAUGACGUCAACUUCAACCCAUACAAACUGGGUUCGUUCAGGGAAAACCUACUGGAUGCGUUGCAUCUCCGUGGCAACAAAAAGAAAACGAAUUGA